ACAAGCCCAGGGAGCCGGGGAGCAACGAAGGGCAGGCUCAAGGGAAGGCCCCCCCACGUCCUUUUGGGGACCCUUGAAUGGCAACUGAUACAUAUUAAGACACAAUCUAUUCUGCUGAUUCACAAUUAUGGAGACAGUGUGACUGAAGACAGAAAACAGGCCCCGAAAUAAACCCUCGAAGGAAGAAGGGAUUUGCCUACACUUGGCUCUGAGCAGCUCCUGGCAGACACUUUGCAGUUUAUACGAGCGGAUGCUGGGGAGCUCACGGGUCCAGAGGUCUACACAUGAAGUCACCAUAAAGAGGGUGGCUCCCGCAUCCGACAGACCUCAUCGCCGCGAGGUGAGGCUAAGAUGAGCAUAACCAGUGACGAGGUGAACUUCCUGGUGUAUCGCUAUCUCCAGGAGUCAGGUUUUUCCCACUCGGCAUUCACGUUCGGUAUCGAGAGCCACAUCAGCCAGUCCAACAUCAACGGGACGCUGGUGCCGCCGGCUGCCCUCAUCUCCAUCCUGCAGAAGGGACUGCAGUAUGUGGAGGCCGAGAUCAGCAUCAAUGAGGAUGGCACGGUGUUCGACGGCCGGCCCAUAGAGUCCCUGUCCCUGAUCGACGCUGUGAUGCCGGACGUGGUGCAGACGCGGCAGCAGGCUUUCCGGGAGAAGCUCGCCCAGCAGCAGCAGGCCAGUGCGGCGGCGGCAGCAGCAGCGGCGACGGCAGCGGCCACGGCAGCCCCGGCGGCGGUGGCGCAGCAGCACCCACCAAAGAACGGAGAGGCCACCGUGAACGGCGAGGAGAACGGAGCACAUGCAAUAAAUAAUCACUCGAAACCAAUGGAAAUAGACGGGGACGUUGAGAUCCCGCCCAACAAAGCCACAGUCCUCCGGGGCCACGAGUCAGAGGUGUUCAUCUGUGCCUGGAACCCUGUCAGCGAUCUCCUGGCUUCAGGAUCCGGAGACUCGACGGCGAGAAUAUGGAACCUUAACGAGAACAGCAACGGGGGCUCCACGCAGCUCGUGCUGCGGCACUGCAUACGGGAAGGAGGACACGACGUCCCGAGCAACAAAGAUGUGACCUCGCUGGACUGGAACAGCGACGGGACGCUGUUGGCCACGGGUUCCUACGACGGCUUUGCGAGAAUAUGGACCGAAGACGGCAACCUGGCCAGCACCUUAGGGCAACAUAAAGGCCCCAUCUUCGCUUUGAAGUGGAACAGGAAGGGGAAUUACAUUCUGAGCGCUGGUGUAGACAAAACAACCAUCAUUUGGGAUGCCCACACAGGAGAAGCCAAACAACAGUUUCCUUUUCAUUCCGCGCCCGCCCUGGACGUGGACUGGCAGAACAACACGACCUUCGCCUCCUGCAGCACCGACAUGUGCAUUCACGUCUGCAGACUCGGCUGCGACCGCCCCGUCAAAACCUUCCAAGGACACACGAACGAGGUCAAUGCCAUCAAGUGGGACCCUUCCGGAAUGCUGCUGGCGUCCUGCUCCGACGAUAUGACGUUAAAGAUCUGGAGUAUGAAGCAGGACACGUGCGUCCAUGACCUCCAGGCUCACAGCAAAGAGAUCUAUACCAUCAAGUGGAGUCCCACCGGGCCCGCCACCAGCAACCCAAAUUCCAACAUCAUGCUAGCAAGUGCUUCGUUCGACUCCACGGUGCGGCUGUGGGACGUGGAGCGGGGGGUGUGCACCCACACGCUGACCAAGCACCAGGAGCCCGUCUACAGUGUGGCCUUCAGCCCCGACGGCAAGUACCUGGCCAGUGGCUCCUUUGACAAGUGCGUGCACAUCUGGAAUACUCAGAGUGGGAGUCUCGUGCACAGCUACCGAGGCACCGGCGGCAUCUUCGAGGUGUGCUGGAACGCUCGCGGGGACAAAGUGGGCGCCAGCGCGUCCGACGGCUCUGUGUGUGUUUUAGAUCUUCGGAAGUAAACACAAACUGUUUCAGAAAAGAAAUCUCACGGACCAGCAGUGAACGUGUGAGGUCGCAGCCGCUCGCCAGACACAGUCUACCAACUCCGAAGCUGGACGGACUUGACUCGCAUUAGGGUGUCCUUGGAAAUCAUCCCUGCCCACGGGAGUCUCUCCUUUUUCGUAACCUUCAUCAAGAAGUUUAAGACAGAAACAUACACAGUCCCAUCAGAGGGGGAAGGACGGUUUCCACCCACAACACUCAGCCUGGGAAGCACGAAGCCACCAGCUCAACGGCGCGUGGUUUGGUUUCCAUCCAGAACAGGCUCUGAUGGCCGAGAGGAGAGAAGGAGGGGGGAAGACAGGAAAAGAAAAAAAAAAAAAAAGCUGUGCCAAAAAAAGGAAAAACGAGAAAAAUGCUGUGAUAAACCAAAAGGGGGGUAGGGGACUCUCCCCCACGUGGUGGGUUUUUCCCUGACAAUUUGGACACUACAGUUCUCACGCAGGAUGUUCAAAGACCAGUUUGUACCGAUGAAAUGCGUGACUUUGUAAUCCCAACACUUUCUAUUUUCUAGAAUCUUCUUUGUCCGGUGGUUUUUCUAUUGGCUGGAAUCCUGUCGUCUGAGGGCCUUCGGUCUGAGAUGGAAACUGUUUCUGGUUUGUUGCUUCUUUCCCGUUGUCCGCCCCCACCCCCGCACCCCUCGCCCCGGCUCCGUGUGCUCUGGGUGCGCCGUCCACCCUCGCACGGGCCGCCUGGUGGGCGCCGCGCCGGAAUCCUGGACGGGCGGCUGUCCCGCACCCCUCCCCGCGCCCCUCGCUCACUCUCUCUCUGACCCUUUCUCACAGUUGCUUCGGAUCUUCGGUCUCAAGGGCACUUUCGGCGCGUACUAAGUGCUUUAUGUAAGCAGGCGGGGCAGGGGGACUUUUUACAGGAGAAAAAAAAUACUUAUACGAGAGAGAGCCCGGAGUAUUUUUGGAAAAAAAAAAAAUAUUUUUAUGUUAAAACAAUUUUAAAAUGCUAACAAUGGCCAUCAGACAGAGAGAGCUUUGUGUGAUUCAUACUUUAAACAGACUCUAGGAAGACACCGGCGGGGUCUGAGGUCGCUUGUUCCGUUCCCUUCAGCUUUGUGAACCGUGGUGAGGAGUGUGGGUGGGAAAGGUCGGUCCUGCGCGUGGGUCGCGAGCUCGCCCUGCCGCCCGAGAGCGAGCGAGCCCAGCGCCUUCUGGUUCGGAGACAAGCCCUGCACCUCACCGGGCACGGGGCCCCCGAAGCCGGCGGGAGUGUGGGACGGCAGCGCGCUCUGACCCCAAGAAGCAUUCCCCAAACCACGUGGCAUCGAAGACGCCACCACAGCUUGCAGCUGGGCUCAGUGUCCCCUCGGCAGCUCGUGGGAGGCGCUACAGACGCCGAGAGCAGGGUGGCCCGUCCUUGCCACGCGGACAUAAAAGGCUCCAGGAUCUCCCCUGGUCUCCCAGUGACAGAAACGAACAGGGAAGGCAGAUGUUCGGUCCCGGAGGUGAAUUACAUAGGUAGAAACGUCACUAAUAAUUUCUGCUGUCUUCAUAAUUUCUUUCUCUCGCAGGAGAAUAGGAGAAAGAUUUUUUUUUUUAAAUGAAUCUUUUUACUGUUUUUAAAAAAUUAAACAUGGCUUUGUGUUCCUAGAGAAGUUUCCUUUCAUUGGAUCAGGUGACCUAUGUGCUCUUGUCAUAACCGGACACAGACCUAGUUUUUAAGUGAGCAGCGGGGAAGGCGUGGAACAGAAGGCCCUUCGCCACCUGCUCCCUGGCGGGCACAGGAAGGGAGGAAGUUGGCCAGGCCUGGGGGCAGGGGUCCGGUCGUGGGCAGGCGUCCGCUGGGGCGCGUGUCCCAGCAGCGACACGGGAUGUCCGUCAGAGGGUGGCACCCACCCACGCAGUUGAGACCCCACAGGCAGGGCGGGCCAGGGCUCCCUGCGCAACUUGGAACGCGCCGGGCCCAGCUACAAAGACCGCAAGACCUAGAAAGUGCUCUGUGGACGAUGUGGGGAUUUCAUGCAGGCUCUGGUGCCGCAGUGCUUAGCCCAGGGGUCCGAGUCCCGUGCGGUCCUCACUCCCCUCGGAGAGGGCAGACAAGGACUUGCUGGCCCCAAGGUGUCCCUGGGUUUGGGACGCGGUUCGCUGGGGGUCCAGGCCAACACCGUCUUGACUCCCUGUGCAAGUUCCAGUGUCACCUGCACAGAGAGUAAGUGGUUAAGGGGAGCCCCGUGGUCAGGACAUCCUGGAAGAAGGGGUUCACUAGGCAAUCUUCACAGAGAGGUCGGGAGCCUGGGCAUAAGCCUCCCGAGGACACUCAGCCACUUGGGAACCAGGAUGUAAGAGCCAAGGGCUACAAGACCUCGCACGACACCGGCUUGACCCCCGUGUGCAGGAAGGAAUGAAGCCGGAGAGGACGGAGGCCAACCGCCCGCAUCCCCGGCUGCCCCGAGCCGCCACGGCACAGGCGCUCCCCACGGGUCUGAGCAGGGACCGACCGUGAGUGCACGGCCCCUGCCGUCCAGCCCCGCCCUCGGCGCGCCGACCGCCAUCCGUGGAGCCUCCCACACUCGCCCUGUGGCCCAAAAGCCAGUGGAGCCCCUCCGUCCUCGCGGGAUGGCCCGUGGGAGAACACACUGUGGGUCCUUGCUGACGGCGCUGACCGCGGGGAAAUGCUUCCGUCCCUGGGACCAGAGGGAACCUUGAUUCUGCGAUCACGGUAACACGGCGGUGCGGCCCAGGAUCCGCGGUUGGGUUUCGAGUGACCAAGAGCGCGUUCCGCAGGCCCAUCCAGCAAGAGGAUGCUGCCCUGCGGCGGGGGCCGGGAGGGCCAGCCGGGACCGGGCAUCCAGCCGCCGACCCCACACGGCACCGGGGACGUGACGCUUGUCUUGUCUUUCUGAAGCGAGAUCACGGAGCCACGUGAAGUGCACUUUGUCAGGUGUAGGGUCUGCUUUGUGGUUAUCUUUAACCUUCUGCCUCCACCUUUUUCUUUUCCUUUUUUAAAUCGUGUUUCUUGUCAAAUGCAGAAAUGUUCCUUCCGCCGCUCACUGAGGUUUUGAAUUCUGGCUUCUGCGGUUUUUAUUGUCUGUGUCAGACGUACAGCCAGACGCGGUCCCGUCUGCGUGUUCUCUCGACCCCGUCCCAUCGCCUCCGCCCCGUCCUGUUCUCCGGCCCACUCACCCUCACGCGCUGAGCAGAGUCACCUUGUGCGUCGUAGCUCCUUUGUUUCCAGAGAGAAUCAACCGAUCAUACUCAGUGUCUUGAAUAAAUUGCUCUAUUUUGAUAUUA